AACGUCCUAUACGAGCUGGCUCAGUACGCCACAGACCCCAACGAGCAGGAGCACCUCCGCAAGAUGGCGUCUUCCGCUGCCGAGGGGAAGACGCUGUACCUCAGCUGGGUUUUGGAGGCCAGAAGGAACAUAUUAGCCAUCCUGCAGGAUGUAUCUUCUCUCCGACCUCCCAUCGACCACCUCUGUGAGCUGCUGCCUCGCCUGCAGGCCCGUUACUACUCGAUUGCCUCCUCUUCCAAGGUUCACCCUCACGCCAUCCACAUCUGCGCUGUGGUUGUGGAAUACGAGACCAAGACAGGCCGGUUGAACAAAGGAGUGGCCACUACCUGGCUGAAGAACAAGGUGCCCAAUGAAAACGGGCACAAGUUGACGGUGCCCAUGUACGUCAGGAAGUCACAGUUCCGGUUGCCUUUCAAACCCAACACGCCCGUCAUCAUGAUCGGGCCCGGGACUGGGAUCGCCCCGUUCGUUGGCUUCGUUCAAGAACGGGCCUGGCUGAAGCAGCAAGGGAAGGACGUUGGCGAGACGGUGCUGUACUACGGCUGUCGCCAUGAGAACGAGGACUACCUGUACCGAGAGGAGCUCGCCCAGUUCCACAAGGAGGGAGCCCUCACCCAGCUCAACGUCGCCUUCUCCAGGGACCAAGCCCAGAAGGUAAAGCCCAGCAAAGAGGCUCCA